AAUCCGCGACACACUAACCUCGACAUUCAGAAUCAUCCACAUUACACACCUACGGCAUGUUUCACGAUCGACAAUUGAUAUGCCAUCGAUCAGCAAGGAAGAGCACGGAGAAGCCGCAUCUCCCGUUCUCUGACAGGGUGCUCCCCCGGACAGCUCGCCGAUCAUCCCCACGGCACAUCAUUUCAAAGACGUCAUGCGUUCCUGAGUUGAGGAGGGGAAAAUAAAACAUUCACCAACCGACAAUAAUGCUAUUUUGCCGGUGACGUGACGCGGUUGUUAUGCCGUUGUUGCAUGAUGCGCGUAAUUGAUGAUGUUCGUAGGUGUAUAUAUUGUUGUUGCCGUCCCAUUCCGAUUACAGUCUUCCAUCUCCAUCCGCCAUCAUGAAGUAUUUUGGCACUCUUUCGCUGCUGGCAGCAAGUGCCUUGGCUCAACAGGUCACUUUCCAAAACUCAUCUUCCACUAUUCUUAGAGUUGACAAUGGAACCUACGGUCCAGAGAUUGAAGAAUAUCAUUAUUACUAUGACCAAUGGCCGAUUGGUCUCGCUGUCUCCUCGACUGGACGUUUCUUCGUUUCUUACACUCGUGGUGACUACGAGUACACCGUGGGAGAAGUUGUCAACAAGACUGCAGAGAAGCCAUACCCGUCCCAAGGCCUACAGCUGCCUCUUGACAGUCUGAAUAUGACAUGGAAUGGCAUUGCAUUUGGUAGCGGCAACAGCUCUGCUUUCGUCUCUGUCCAAGCUCUUUACAUCACUCCUGAGACCUCAACUCGCCCGGAGACCCUUUGGAUCUUGGAUACUGGACGCCCGACUGUUCACAACGCUGCAGGUGAUCCCAGCAUGCCGUACGCUCAGCCUGGUGGACCCAAACUCAUGGCCAUCUCCCUUGCAAACGACACGAUUUACAGGACCUACACUUUCCCUAGCACAGUUCACUACCCUGACUCUUACCUCAAUGACUUGCGUUUCGACCUCAGAGCCAAUGUCUCAGGCACCUCAGGACAAGGAAUCGCAUACCUGGUUGACAGCAGUAAUGAGGGACGCACAGGUUUUAUCAUGGUCGAUCUCGCAACUGGAGACUCCUGGCGAAGACUGAACCAAGACCUCAGCGUCUUGCGUGUGCCCAACGAUGUACCCACCUACUUCGGCAAGCCAUUCUACUUCAAGCAGUCUGGCAUGCCUAUCUCGUGGCAACAGGAGGGACUGGAUGGAAUCCAACUCUCUGGCGAUGGAAAGACAAUCUAUUACUCCCCUCUCACCUCGAAGACUCUCUACUCCAUCCCCUCCGCCAACCUUCGCGAAAAGGACACGAACCCCCUCGCCGAAAUCUGGGCCCACAGCAAUGUUUCCUCCCACGGUCAACGCGGAGGCGACGCCAAUGGCUUCGAAGGCGACAGCACUGGCAAAAUCUUCCAACUCAUCCCUGAGCAGAAUGCUGUCUACUACUACGAUCCCAACGACGGUCAAACCCAUGGCUUACUCAGAGAUCCUAGAAUCCUAUGGCCUGAUGGUGCUACUGUCGGUGCAGAUGGAUAUAUCUAUUUGAACAUCAAUCAAUUGCCAUUCCAGCCCGAUUGGAACUUUGGCGUUGAUGGAAGAUUGCAUCCCGGUGCUGUGUUGAGGGCGAAAUUGCCGGAUGGUGGUGUCAAGAUUUCGACCUUGGGUUGAUUGGAAGCUAUCUAUAACGUAGACGUAGCCGCAAUGAAAUUGACCCGGCACUGAACUCCCUCUCGCCUAUAAAGCCUUGCAACCAUAGCUGCAAAAAGGCAGGAUCCUUUUGAUUAUCAAGUACAUGUCCAUUGAGAGCGAUACUGCCC